AUGAGUAUCUUAAGUGGAAUGGAAACGCUGAUUAUAACGGCAGUUAUUCUGUUACUCACUGCCAGUUGUCGUUUGUAUCAGAAGCGAAAAUACUAUCGCGGUGUCACCUCUAAGUUGCCCACCUUUUACGGUAUUCCUUUUAUUGGAGGACUUUAUCAAAUGCUUGAUGUAAAUAAAAUACUUCAUAAUUUUAGUGUCGGCUUCGACAAGAUAAAUGCUUUAACCGGUUGCACAUGGGUAGCGACAACGCCGUACGUGGUGACCGUCGAUCCUAAGGUUAUCAAGCAUGUCGUGUCCUCUUCUGAAUUCCUUAACAAAGCCGAAGGACUAUAUAAACACUUUCAGAACGAUGUAUUUAAUGGACUCAUCAUUACUCCAGCAAAAAAAUGGAAAGCCGAUCGUAAGAUUAUAAGCCCCUUCGUUGCGCAUAAUAAUAUCGUUGCCUGGCUUCCUGCCUUCAAUGAGAAUUCAAUUAGUUUAAAGAAUAAGCUUGAAAGAUUGGCUGGACAGGGUGAACAGGACAUUUAUACAAUUAUCAAAGAAUGUCGUUUACAACUAAGUCUUUUAACUAUUAUGGGCUUGAACUUGGAAGAAAAUAAGGACAGUCACAGGGAAAUUAUAGAAGCAUUUAACAUAUUUUUCGAUCACAUGGGAAAGGACCUUUUGUUCGGUUUGUUCGGUGUAGCUUUUCUAUCCCGAACUCCACACUACUACAGAGUUCGUAAAUACCUCAAGGAAUUAGUACAAUCUCUCACUAAAAAACACCUUGCACAACAACUUCAGUCGGAGGCCAUGAACAAUGUCGUAGAAGACAAACAAUCGAUGGUUGAUAUAACUGUAAAGGCCAUGCGUCAGGGAUUAUUUAGUGAAAAAAAAGUAGUUGUGGAAGGCUUCACAAUGUUGGCUGCGUCCUACGAGACCUCUGCUGUUGUGUUAUACAAUUGUCUGCUGAUGUUGGCUAUGCAUCCCGAAAUACAAGAGCGCGUCUUCCAAGAGAUACGCUCUGUGUUUCCGAACGAAGUUAUAUCCGUAGAAUAUGAGGACCUGAAGAAACUUCCCUAUUUGGAUAUGUUUUUUUCGGAAGCAUUGCGUUUAGCUCCACCCAUAUCGUUUUUUGCACGAAAAACCGUCCAAGACAGCGAAAUCUGUCCAGGCGUAAUACUACCCAAAGGUGCGCAAAUUGCUAUAUCAAUUUACGAAUUGCAUAGGCGCAAGGAAAUUUGGGGUCCGGACGCAAGUCGUUUCAAUCCGGAUAACUUUUUGCCCGAGAACAUUGUAAAGCGGCAUCCAUAUUCAUACAUGCCUUUCUCGAAAGGCGCACGGAACUGUUUAGGCUUUCGUUAUGCUGAAAUUUCGUUACGUAUCGCAGUGAUACAUGCAGUGCGAAGUUUAAAAUUUUCCACAACUUUUAAAUAUGAAGAUAUCGUUCAUGUGCCACAUAUUUCACUGCGUUAUAAAGUCCAACCGCCAUUGAGCAUAGAGGUCAGAGCAAACUAAAUUGUGUUGAUUGAUGUUAUCAUUCGAGUAUACAUAUUCUAUAUGAUUUCUUAGGAACUGUAACUAUUCACUUAAAGCUAAUAAAAUAUACUGUUGUAUAGUGAGUAAAUAUA